CUCGCCAAGCUGUAGGUUUGUUUUGGGAAGUGAGGUCAGAGUACGAAGUGAAAGACAUGUGUACGUGUGUAACGAUACACAUUUAGCGUCUUUUUAUAUCUGCGAAUUCAGAAACUUGAGAUCGUAUAUAGAAUCAGCAGAAUGACGGAUUUUUUAACGUCAACCCAGCUAAAGAGGUUGAAAGAGCACAAGUAUAGUGCACAGGGACAGUCGGUGCUCGAGCCUCAGAUGCAGAAGUUUUGGAGAUGGUUGGUUGAACAGAUUCCAGAAACAUGGGCCCCUAACACAAUUACUAGUGUCGGACUCCUCAUCAACAUCGUCACAACAUUACUCCUUCUGGUGUGGUCGGCCGACGCCAAGACAGAGGCACCAAGAUUAUGUUACUUCCUGUGUGGUGUUGGACUGUUUCUGUACCAGUCACUGGAUGCCAUAGAUGGAAAGCAGGCGAGGAGGACUGGCACCAAUACUCCCCUAGGAGAGCUGUUUGAUCAUGGCUGUGACUCCGUCUCCACAGUUUUUGUCACCGUUGGAUUGACUACUGCUAUGAAAAUGGGCGAGGAACCCUGCUACAUGAUGUUUGAAGUGUUAGCAGGCUUAUAUUUAUUUUACCAAGCUCAUUGGCAGACCUAUGUUACUGGAACUCUCAUUUUUAAUAAAUUUGAUGUGACCGAGAGCCAGUUCGGGAUUAUAGGUGUUUAUUUUAUAUGUGCAAUAAUAGGGCCAGGCGUAUGGGACACAGUUGUACCAGGGGUUGGUUUGACUCUCCGAGCGCUGGCGGUGGUAGGCUCCCUUCUUCCAGCACUUUUUCACUGUAGGGACAACCUAAAAAUCAUUUUCUCUGGAGGCAUUGGAAAAAAUAAGUCAACAAUUGCUAGUGAGGAGGAAGAACCUGAUAGGGACACCAGCACCAUUUUCCCUGUAGUUCCUAUAAGCAUUGUACUAGGACUAGCAGUCAUGAUCGCCUUCAAAUCCACAUCAAAUUUAUUCCAAAAUCAUCCGUGUCUGUACCUCAUCAGCUUUGGUAUGGUGACAGCCAAGGUCACCAACAGACUCGUGAUAGCACACAUGACAAAGAGUGAGAUGGCCAUGCUGGAUUCCAGUCUGUUCGGGCCAGCCAUGUUGUUUUUUAAUCAGUAUUUCAACGUACUGGUUCCAGAGUACCUCCUUUUAUGGAUAUGCUGUAUAUACUGUACCGUAGAUAUUGUGUGGUACUCAAAAGGGGUGUGCCAAGAAAUCUGUGAUUUCCUCGGAAUCUACUGCUUCAACAUCACUAGUAAACCGGAGAAGGUUCGGCCAACAACAAGAGCGAGCGCCAAAGCCAACAAGUGAUUACCCCUCAUAGCUUCGACUGUCUCACUCCAAUGGCUGUGGGUCAGGAGCUCAAUAUUCCAAAGACAUCAAUCUUUUACUAACAUCAGGCAAACCAUGGUUUUGUGCCAUUUAAGAUAAUAUUUAUUUUCAUAUAUAUUUGUACGUAUUAUAUGUAAUCUUAUCAAAGAAGUGCUGUGUUCAUAUUGUCAGCAUAUUUAAAACAUCUAUUGAAUGUGGUGUUUAAAAGUUUUUAUUGACCGAAAUUGUGAUUUUUUUUUUAGUAAUUCUUAGUGUUGUAUUUAAAGUAAAUGUUCAUGCAUGUUUUGUAGUCAACGAUUAGUGACUUAAACAGUUAUUCCCCGAUAUAUUCUAUGAUGAAAUGUAUAAAAACACAAAAAUUGAUAUGUCAAAUGUGCUGAACCUGUGACAUACUCUCGGAAAGACAUUUCUGAUUUACAUUUGGCAUUAAAAAUAUCAUAAGUCAACUUGCUUACUUUCUGAAAAAUUUUGAAAGCAGGCUGAACAGAAAUCUUGACAUUUAUUAAGAGAGCAGUUCAAAUUUUAAUACAUGUACCAACAUUUUAAUUUCUGAUACAAAAAAAUUAAUAUCCCCUAAAAAAUGCAUUUAUAAAAAAAAUCAAGAAAAAGUUUUAAUUUAGAUUGAAGUAUUAUAAAUGAUUAAAAUUACUUACAGGUACAACAACAAUGUUUUAUCUGGAUAUUAAUGUUAAUGUCAAUUUUUAACAUUUGUUUUACAUGAAUUUAAAGCAGAGUAAACAAAACUAAAAUAAUGAUUAAGCUUGGGUCAACAAAUCUGUGUAGGAAUACCGCACUUAUUAUAUAAUAAUAUUCACAGCAUCUCAAGGACAGUAAGUUGCUUAUCCUUGUAAGUUUGAAUUGGAGAUAAAUAUCUUGAAAUUUGUCAGUAAAUUAGGUUGAUUGAAAGCGCAUUGUUCUGUAAAGGUUUUAAAUAUUUCCAUGAUGUGUAAAAAAAAACCCCAAAAAAACAUUGUGUUGAAUGUAAAAGUAUUUUGAGGGUGUGAGAUUUCACCGUCUUUAUGCAACUACAGGAAUGAUAUUGUCUGUUGGUAUAUUUUCCAUACCGGGAACAUUCAGUAAAUACAAUUCUACACAUUAGCCAGGGUGCUAAUGAAGUCGGUUUUAAAUAUGACACAGCGUAUGUACAAUUUAGUGUCAGUGUCAAGUAUUUACACUAAUACAUAUCUUGUGCAGAAGCUUGCAUGCUGAUAUAUAUUACACAGUAAUCUGUUCCCAGACUGCAGUUCCCUCAGACAUAUUUGUGACACUCCAUAAUAACUCACUCUGGAAAGGAUUUGCAAUAUUCUUGUAUGUGGAGGCAACCAUUGAAUUCAUGUUAAGUAUAUAACCUUUUCACCACAAUGGACUCAUCCAAAUAAUGUAUGGUAGAGUCUACUAAAGUUACCUAGGGGUGAAAGGGUUAAAACAACAAUGUUAACAUAGAAAUAAAUUAAUAGAAAUAAAAGAGAAUAAUGAUACUCGCAUUCAUAUUCAUAUUUGCAUAAUAUGUUGGAGUGUGUGUGAAAUAUUACUGAAUGCCCAUGGUAUACAGAAAAAAUGAAGUUAGGAAGGACUAAAAUAAUCAGAAAUGAAGAUCAGUUAUCAAAUUCCACUUAGUUAUAAACUGUCCUAGGUAGCUGGACUGAUUUUAUUUCCAGAGUGAAAAAAUAUCUUUUUUGAAAUCCAAUAUGGCCACCAUACCUCCGAUGAAGUAUUUGUUCUGCCCUCUUUUUUCACAGCUGAUUCGCAUUACUUGACAGGUGCUUGCUUAGUUUUGUAAAUGUUUAGAUGAACUUCAACAAUGAACAAUUUAAAAGCCACAUAUGUCUUACCAGGUGUACAGUUACAUUGGUAUCUGUCGAGCCAAAACAGUUCUUCAGCCAGAACCUCUGUAAAUAUUGCCCCUAUUACAUAGAGCUGGUAUUUUAAGGGUUUUCCCCCCCAUUUUUUGUGUGUGUUUAAAUCUAUGUGAACUUUAGAUAUUCAUAUUCAUAUUCAUAUUGUACCAAAAACAGGACACAAGAACUAAUUGUAUGAAUUUUUAUUUUGUUUAAAUGCGGCGCUGAUUUCAACCUUUGCUACUUCAAUACGAUGUAGGUAGGUCAUGUUAGCCCUCCUAGCACAAAGAUCGUAAAUAUUGUCACACCUAGGGGUCAGAUUUAAUGUGGGUUAAAUUGUAAUUGUGCACUGAGCCACAAAACUUUCUUCAGGCUGAGAAAUGUCACAGCUUUGAUAUUUCAUCUUUAAUAAACUCUAUGGGUGUAGAAUCCGGCCCCUGGGUUCAUAAAUACAGCCACACCCAAGGGGUCAAAGUUAAAUAUAGGCAAUGAUUGGUAUCUGCCACCAAGCUACCAAAAUCAGACCUAGAACAACUUUGAAGUUCAGCCUAUAAAUCUUUCCCCUAAGAUUCUUAUGGUGCACUGAAAUACAACUUCAGAACAAAGACUCCUGCUGUGUACAGUAAUGAAAGUUAGCCCACUUUGAUGUUUGACCUUGACCCCUUUUUUAAGGUCACACAUGUGAAAUGAAAAACAGGUGAGCGAUACAGGCCCAUUCAAUUCAGACUCAUUUUUUUUUCUUCUUUAUUGAUCAAAGUAAAUUAGGAAUGUGAACAUUAAUAUUUAUAAUUCACUUUAAAUCAAAUAACAGUAUUUUAUUUCACUGCCAAAUAAUUCUCAGUCCAUUGAUGUAAUAACCUAACAAGUGUUAAAUUAACAUGAUUUUCUGUCAAAGCAGAUUAUUUUAUUCCACCAGCAACUCAAUUAAUAAUAAUUAUGUACUUUUGAAAAAUCUACUCGGUUAUAUAUGCUGUCUAAAUUUUUGGUAGUAUAUUAUCAGCAAGUAGUGCUAAUUUUGAAAAUUUUAUCUUUCUUAAAAUGUUUCGACCCUGUUAGAGUCGGUGUUGUAUAUCUAAGGGGAGAUAAUCUGGUAGUGUUUCAUAACAUUUCAUGAUUUUGGCUGGUUCAAAUGACUGUUGCUGUGCUUAUAAACAUCACCUAUUGUAAAAAAAAAAAAAAAAAGGAAAUGCAUUAUUAAUGAGUUAAAAAAACAUUCUAGUCUACUGUAUGUUGAUGUUUCAUUGACAUGUAAAAUGUAUUAAAAUAUUUAUUUUUUCUUCAAUGUUCAUCGUAUGCCAGAUUCAAGAUUUGAUCAUGAAUAAGCUGUUCUUUGGUUUCUAAUUGAAUUAUUUAUUAAGCUUGGUCCCCACUCAUUGUUAAAAUUCUAUCCUGGUGUUUUUUCUGGGUGCUAAAAUUUUUGAAUGGAAUGUGUCUAUUUGAGUGAACUUUGAUACGUCCAUGACUGUUUUCAGUAUUUAUGUAUGACACUUAAUAAUUUGAUGAUAAACUCAGUCAUGAGUCGAUUUAUGAACUUACAAUGGAACAAGAUGGGCAGUUACAGCUUACAAAUUGCACCCAACAAAUAUUCUUUACUCUACAAGUGAUUCCAGAAAUUAAGAAAAAGUUUUGGAUACAAAUUCACACACUGCAGUACAUUGUACUGUAAAAGCAUAUUAUUUUGUGUGGGGAUUUAAUUUCGUUUUUUUUAUAGUUUUUAUUUCGUGGUUUUAUAAAAACCACGAAAUAUAGUCCCAACAAAAUUUUAAAAACACGAAAUAUAAACUUUGGGUGAUUGUAACCAUUUAAGAGGGACAUGUUUCUUGUCUGCUAUCGUAAGAACUACUGACAAGAUACAUGUACGUCUGUGUGAGUCAACAAAUUAUACAUUCAUUUUUGUGUACGUUGCUCUUUGUAUGUACGCUAUAGAUCGUGACGGAUUUGACCGAUACCCAUCGAGUAAGUAAAUCUCACCCAAUCUUAAAUACCUGUACUAUAUUUACCUGCACUGUGUCGUCACGCCUGUCAGUUGAACUUCUUACUUACCAGAAAAAAAUACAAGGUUUUUACAAUAUUGAUUCCAUGAAAUAUAAUCCCAACGAAUUUGACCCCAUACAAAUACAACAAUAUCUAACCCCAACAAAAAUAUAUGCUUUUACGGUAUACCUAAUAACAAUCGUAUACAUGUACCAAGUAUACAGUACUUAUCCCAGCUCACCUGAUUCACAUUUUAUGGAUCAAACUUUAACUGAUCCGUUUAAUUAUAUACCAUUGUUGAUCCCAGUGUGUAGAAGUUUAUGUAGUUCUUUUUCUUGUGUGUUUUACUCUCCUAGUUAACAGUCUGUCCGAUUGCCUUUAGAAUCAUAUUUCAUCUUUACAUGUGGCAUUUAUGAGAGAAGUAAAUGUGGCAUUUAUGAGAAAAAGUUAAUGAGUCAUUCCAUGUGUGAUUAGAAAUUGAUGAUGAUGUGUGACCUUUGAACUGUAAACCUGUCGAACUAAACUCUUGUUUCUGUGGUGGAGGAACGCAGGAGCAGAAAAACUUAGUGCAUAAAAGUGAGAUGAUUUAUUGAUUGUGAGACUUUUUUUAGGAACAUCCCAGUCACAUAUUGUAUGAGUCCUAUGUUUGUAUUAACCACAUCAUAUAUAUAUACUGUAGCAGAAAUUUCUUGUUGAGAAUUUUGUCAUAAUAAUCUUGGUUCUCAACUCAUUCUUCCCUGAAAUUUCGAAACGAACUAUUCCAACAUUUGAAUUGGAAGAGUUCAAAUGUGUCUUCAGGGGUGAGUGAGUUAAUGCACUUGGAUGAAAAAAACACAAGGAAUAUUUAUCUAAGGCAAAAUGUUGUAUUGAUCCAAAACAUUGAGCGAAUAAAGCUGUAGGAAUCGUUGGGAAUCUGAUGAUGUUUUUGUUAAGGCUUUUGUUGACAUUUAAAGACAAUAGAUAAGACAUGUACAAUUAUGUAUAAAUCUUCUUUAUUCAGAAAUAGACACAAAUGUCUAUGUGAAAUACAUUACAUAUAUACACAAGGAUAUAUGUAGUGGUACAAUGCAUCAAAUUUACAUAAAUAUAUAAUAAAGUAAAACAGUGACUUUCCAUACUUAAAAGCAGGUUUCACGACAUCAGGGCGGACGUUACUCCUGAUUAAAUAAGUUAUUAUUCCUGACUUCAUUCGCUUUAAAAAUGAAAGCGGCAAUAUUUUUCAAUGUACUCUUGCUCAUAGACGAUAUUAAUUUGAGGAACUUUGGUCUAUUUGGAUAUGUAUAUAUUUAAACUGUUAUGAGUGUACCUAACAAUUAAAGUCAAUGAAGAGAAUGGGGUUUCUCUAGCAGUGUUGUAGAAGACAGGUGGUCUUUCAAUACAGGUGGUUGUAUUAGACAGGUCUGAAGUGUCCUCAUUACCCGUUAUAUUAGCACUGUAGAAGUAGAAACCUAGUUAAAACUGAUUUUCCAAACAAACGAUUUUUAGAAUACUUGUUAUUGUACUUGUUUUUUGUAUUAUACACAGUGUAUAUAUGCUAUGAGUGCUGAAAAGUUAAGAAUAAUUUUAGGGGAAGGGGGCACUUACCAGGUGUAACCUAUUUAUUAGCCCUGAUGAAUCCAAACAUUUGUGUUUGGUUAUUUAUGUAUAAAUGCUAUUUUUUUGUGACAUGCAUGCCCUGUACAAGAAACUAGUACAACAACUUUUAUGAAUUGUUAAAAAAAAGAUUAAAUAAACAAAACAGAAUCUACAACAGUGUUCUGACUCUCAUAAUGCUACGGGGCCAGACUGACUCAAACCCAGGACCUCAUAACGCUGGUCCGUCUCGGCCUCCUGGUCAGCAGUAGUACCUGGGCCUAGUUGUACUACAGUUAUAUUAGAAAACAAAUUAAGGGAAGGUUACUUUAUGUGCAAAAAACUAGUGGAAUAUUCUAGUUAUUUGCCUUCAGUAUGCAAUGACAGGGAUUCUUAAUGCUAAUGAACUUAAUGAGGUCAAGGGAGAUUACUCUAUCAGAAAUCAAAGGCAAUUUUGGCUGGUAAAAAGCACUAUAUUCAUUCUAUUGCAUAUUUCUUACAAUCAAUAUUCAUGGCGAAUAAGACAUAUAUAUUCUAUUUUAUCUAGGUUAUUUAUCAUUAUAAAGAAGAUAUUAUAAUGAAUACAUGUAAACAUCCAAUCGGUGAACACUACUGCAGUGCUAUAGGAACUUUUUAUGUAGUCGAGAGAGAUGGUUGACAAAGAAUAUUUUACCAGGGUAAAGUAGGGAGAAUCACUUCGGACAACAGUUACAGGGUUCAGCAGUGCAGAUCACUAGUUCAUAAGUAUUAGCAAUAAGAAAAUGGUAAAGUCUACUCAAUUAGCAAGGUUGGUGUGAACUAGCUUUGCAUAAUAUAAUACUGUUGUAAUGAUAUUUUACCUCUUACACUUGAUUGCACUCGCUCUAAAAUCAGGUGUUUGAAUUUCAUCGACAUGCAUCUUAACUCAUUCACCACUGAAGACACAUUUGAACUCUUCCAAUUCAAAGGUUAGAAUAGUUCAUUAUGAAAUUUCAGGGGUGAAUGAGUUAACAAGUGCAUGCUGAAUGACAUUGAAUGUAAACACAAUGGUGAAUGGUUGUUUUAGGUUUUAUUUGUUGUAUGGUACAUGUGUAUUUCAUUUGUAUUAAUGGAAACAUUUUUACUGUUCAGUGUUUUAAAAAUGUAAGUUUUUUUAAUUCACAUUGCGAGGGGUUAACUACUGUAUAGAGUCCUGCUCAAGUUCUUUUCUUUGUCAUUUAUGUUCGUGCUCAUGGGUAAAAUUCUUUAAUUAAUUCAGACACAAAGUAUGAAAUUUUACUAUGUUAGCUUUAACGAUUUGUUUUAAUCUGAAAUAAAUGAAAUUUUAUUUUCAUCAAAAUUAAGUUAUACAUACAAAUACAUGUACUCAUUAUAAUAGAAUUAAGUUACUUAUAUUAUAAUAGAUUAGAAUUAAGUUACUUAUAUUACAAUAGAAUGAAGUUACUUAUAUUACAAUAGAAUUAAGUGACUUAUAUUACAACAGAAUUAAGUUACUUAUAUUACAAUAGAAUUAAGUUACUUAUAUUACAAUAGAAUUAAGUGACUUAUAUUAUAAUAGAAUUAAGUUACUUAUAUUGUAAUAGAAUUAAGUGACUUAUAUUAUAAUAGAAUUAAGUGACUUAUAUUAUAAUAGAAUUAAGUUACUUAUAUUACAAUAGAAUUAAGUUACUUAUAUUACGAUAGAAAUAUACAAGAAGCACACCAGAGUACAAUGUAUACACAGAUAUACUGAAGUUAACUUUCAGUCAAAACGUCCAAUUGUUUGCUUUGUUUUUAUUUAACUAUACGCCAUAAACAGUGUCGAAAGCAUUUAUCUUUUACAAAGGAACGAGUACAGUGUUUUCUUAUCCAUAAUCUGCUAGCCUUUCCCAUUUUGUUACAUAUGUCUGGUGUUAUACAUGUAUAUAUCUACAAUAUAUAUAGCCCGGUGUAUUUAAGCUACAGUCAUUUUUUGUAGUACACUGUAUUUCACUUGGCAUAGGAAGUGUACUGGUCCUCGUGUCAUACAGUGGCACUUGAUAUUUAUUGCAUGAUCAUGAAUUAAAGAUUUUUUCUUGACAUUAGUUCUGUUGCAGUUUAUUAAUUACACAUGAUAAAAAGUGGCAUGCGUAAUGAUGAUAAAAAGAAUGGACAGGGAGUGGACAUGUGUUCUCAGUACUGUUAUUGUGAUGUAAAACUAAUUAAUGGCUCUCCGAUACAUAUAGUGAGUUUAAGGCUAAAUGUGUAUAAAUCUAGGAGCAAAUUUAAUAAUGCUCAGGUCUCUGCAUAGGACUUGUUUAGGUAUUUAUAUAGGCAUGUCCGGUCCAUUAGACUUGUAAUACUGUCAGUAAAUACAUUUUAUGUUACAAUAAAAUAUGAUUGCCAAGCCAUGUUUUUGUUUACAUAUUAAUCCUUCCUGUAGGUGGAAAAGGACUUUCAAGUGAUGAUAUUAUUAACUCAUUCAUCCAUGAAGACACAUUUGAACUCUUUCAGUUCAAAGGCUGGAAUAGUUCAUUAUGAAAUUUUAGGGGUGAAUGAGUUAAAUGAAGGUUUGGGGUAUAUAUGUUAUCUAGGUUUCUACAUGCUGUGCUGUAUAUUAAAUACAAACUUGUUUGUAAAUCUGAUUUACAUCAAUAUGAUAUGAGAUUGAUGUAGAAGUUUCAGUGUUGUAAAUCGCCCAUGAAGUAUUUGCUUUUCUUUGAACAAGUAAUCUGAUUUUUUAGCUUUGCUUAGAAAAAAGCACAAGAAAAGUACAGAAGUUCUGUUUUUUCUUUAAUUUAAUAAAAAUAACAUGUAAUUCGAGAUAUUUUGUUCAUAUGUACAAUUAUAUCUAUUAUUGUUUCUUUGAAGUACACAGUACUAAAUAUAUUGAAUAGUUACAUCUUUGCUUUAAGUCAGUUAUGUUUAUAACCUCGGUAAAUAUUUAAAAAUAUAAUAGCUAAUCUAGUUGACUAAACACCGCACUUUGAAGUCAGUUUUAUUAUUGAAUGAACAAUGGUGUACAUGAACCUAAAAUCAUAUGCAAAUGUACUGAAUAUUGUUUGGUAAAAAUCCUGAUCACAGUUAAAUCAUAGGCAACAAUGUGUUUUUCUAUUGAAGUUCAUUUGAUCAGGACUCCUGUGAUUACUAUUUUAAUUGCAGCCAAUUUUUAUUUGGUUUUAGUAAAUCUGACAUAUGUUUUAAUAUAUAUGGGUGAAUGUGGAAAUAAAUUGGACAAGUUGUUGACAGUAAAAAUCAGGUUUUAUUGUCCUUUUUUCAAUAUUAAUAUAUGUUCUUUGUCAACUUACUCGGAGAAUAAAGGAUGUUAGCCCGAG